GCAACGUUUCUCCUGGAGUUUGGCUCGUCAUGUUAAACUUGUAAAAACUUACUCAUAUGUCAAUGUUAUUGAAGGAAUAAAGUAUUUUUUUUCAUUUUGGGAUGGAAGGGCGAGUUAUCGGAGCAGGGCCAUACAGAGCGACCAAGCUGUGGAAUGAAACCAUUCAUCUCUUCCGUGGGGGCAUGCCGUUAAGACGACACUGGGCGCACUUCCGCUAUUACGAUUGCACAUUCACAGGUUCCGAGGCUGUGGAUUAUCUCCACCAGCUUCUGCGGCACAACUGCAACUUUGGCCCAGAGGUGACCCGCCACCAGACCUUACAACUGCUCAGGAAGUUUCUCAAGGCCCACGUUGUUGAAGACGUCAAGGGACGCCACGGAACAGAGGAUUUUGAAGACAAUGGUCAUUUGUACAGAUUCCCAACUUUAUCUCCCCUGAAGUCUUUUCCAUCAAGACCUCUGGCGAGAGACAACACUGACCUGCCAAGACUCAUUCGCUGGGAUGACUACGAAGAAUUACCACAGCAGGAGAACACAGCGCCUGGGAAGUCUGCUGGCAUGACUUCAGAUUUUUGGAACAAAAGGCACAGUGUAGCGAUCGGAGAUGUGCAUGAAUGCAAGCUCAUUCGGAGAAAAGCCAUCACUCCCAAGCAAGUUGACCAAAUCUGGAAAAAAAUGACAGCUGCACAUUUGCAGCGUGUGCUUGGCCUAACAACGUUGGAGGGUGUUUUAAAUCCAGCACACGUGAAAGGCAGUUACAUUGUUCAUAAUGUGUUCAGCGUCAAUAAGUCAGGCAUUGUUGUGUUGGAGAACAAAGCAGAUGACAUGCCGUACUGGGUGAUAUCAGCAAUGAGAUGUUUGGCCAACUGGCCUAACAACAAUGAAGCAAAUCAGCCAGUGUACACAGGUUUUGAGAGGGAUGUCCUGAAAACGGUAGCUGAUUACUUUCAGAGGCUCAAAGAACCCCUGCUGACUUUCCAUCUAUAUGAAGUCUUUGUCAACAUACUCAGUUUGCUAAAAGAACAAGACUUAGCCACAGAGGCUCUUCAAGUCAGCACGCUUUUACUCCCGCCGCCCAAUCGAAGGCGUCUCCAACUAUUGAUGAGACUCAUGGCGCGGGUCUCCCAGAACACUCAACUGCCUCCACUCAAUGACACUAUUGCCACGCGCACGCUGAUGGUGCAGACGUUCUCUCACUGUGUAUUGGGCUCUGUGGAUGAGAUGGACUUGGAUGAGCUGCUUGCCUCAAAACUGGUGACUUUCAUGAUGGAACACCACACUACAAUCUUUCAAGUGCCCGGCAAGCUGCGUUGCCAAGUGGAGGAGCACCUUUCCUACCUCAAAAGAGUUCAGAUAAAAUAUGCAGGUUCUGACACAGACUUCAGCACAUCUCCAGCUUUUUGUAAACUGAUCAGGAGGGUGGAGUCAGAAGAGCAGAAGGUGAUUGGCACCCAAACCCCGCUGCAGGAGCUGCUUGAAGGCCUGAUCGCUGACAACGAACUUCCUGCCAAGGAUAAGAGGAAAAGGCUUAAACAGUUCCAAAAGUCUUACCCAGAAAUCUACCGUAAUCGAUUCCCCUCUGAGGAAAGCAGAGCUGCUGUCAUGCCUGAGAAAACCACUCGCCUCAAACCUCAUCUCAUGUUUUUCAACCUCAAGAAACCCUUUACUCCGUUUCAGAGAAGCUGGAGUUUUAGGGCGUAGACGCCCCCUGGCUCAUAUCCUCACAAGUUUCCUGAUUUGCCCGGUGAGUUUUCCCUGUUUCCACCAAGUUGCAGAAUCCAAUUUGUGAUUAUACUGUAUGCUUUUCAAAAGUGACAACAUAUAGGGAACUUUUCCAUAGAUUUGAGUAUACAGUCGUCCCUCGUUUAUCGCGGUUAAUUGGUUCCAGCCCUGUUUUCGUAGAGCACAGAAAACCUUUAAAAUCACCUGUAAUCACCUUUACACUGGUAUUAUCUAAUAUAGUAGACAUGAUAAGCGAUAAUAAGACAUAACUCACACGUUAGCAUUGGGAAAGUUCCUUGUGGUAUUAGUAUCUCGAACAUAAUGUGGGUCGAUCGAAUGGCAUGAAAACAAAAAUUGACGUCAGCCUAUUAUCCAUCCUCACUAUGACGUUUGUCACUUGAUUGGUAUGAAGAGCAGCCAGCCUGACAUGUGUCUGGCAUACACGUACUGUACAUUUGUACUGCUGCUGCAUGCUCUGCAGUGACGUGAGAGCUUUAAGCAUAGCGAGCUACCAAGCUAACUACUUAGCCUCCAAUGUAUUUAUUCUAAACUUAAGAAAGGUUUUGAAACUGAGUAGGGAGGAAGGACAAAGUAAGAAGCAAAAAAAUGUACCACUUCAACACUGAAUGGGAGAACUUUUUUCACUUUGCAUCCAUGGCUGACUCCAUGCAGUGCAAGGUAAAGUAAUCCAUUGUAAGGUGAUGUCUCAUCAAUGUAACAUUACUGAUGCCUAGUGACCAGAAUACUACAUAUGACUUGUCUAUUUUUGGACUAAUAGGCCAUGGGCAGCCAGCAAUUAUUUCUUAAUUCAUUUUGAAAAAACGCGAUGAAGUGAGGGAGCGAUGUUCGAACCGCAAAGUGGCGAGGGACGACUGUAAUUUUUAGUUUUAGUUCAAUGUGGUGUGGUAACAAAAUGGUUUGUUUCUCACCAUUGGCGGAAAGAGGGAGGCAACAAAAGUGUUUGGUUCAGCACUUUCUUAUGGCGGAACAUAUCUGAAAGUAAGCUUGGGCCUCCUCAAAAAAAGUACAGUAUUAAGGAGUCAAUGGUAAAGAUACUGUUUAACAAUGGUGAUGGAGAAGGCCGAUAUUAAGUAGAAACAAAAAGCUAAUAGAAACCACUAGUAGAGUACCGUAUUGAAAACUGCUAACAAGAAAUUAGAAUUUCACUGAAAAACUUAAAUAAGUUUAGUUUCUAGCACUAAAAGAUUCACUGCUGUUUCUUUGAAUGAAUUCCUUCUUUUUUAAGACUUUAAGAUGUAAUUAUAAGAUGUAAAAUUUCAAUAGUAUACGAAUGUGAAGUAUUUGCAUUUCAAAAAUAUUUAGCUGUUACUGAGUCCAAACAUUAUGUCAUUCAAAAAGUAAAAUUAAAACAGGUACAAUAACCAUUUAUACAUUUCCAUUAACUCGUAAACGAUUUAAUGAAUUGGAAUGGUGCAUUUAUUGUUAUUCUUUUGUUUUCCAUUUAAUCUUAUGUUGUUAAAAUCAGGGGUGUUACAGCUGGUAGUUAUAACAAAUAAUUUCAAUUACACUUUUCUGAAAAAUUAAUGUGAUUAUGAGCUGUAAAAUGAUUUCACUUGCACAUCAUAGAAAUGAGGGACAAUACAAGCAAAGCUGAAUAUCAGCCAUUUUCCCCACACGUUCUCUUAAAACCAUCUUUACAUAUCCUAUCUCACAUGCACUAAAUACUAGGGGUGUAACGGUUUGUUUUAAUAACGAUCGGAUUCGUUUCACGAUACGUGGUUGCCGAUACGAUUCAAGGACGAUAUUGGUUCAUUUAGAACGAUCUGAAACGAUUCACUACUUUAAAUCAAAAUUAAUUAAUUUAAACUUUAAAUCAAUUGAGUAACUUUUUAGUCAAAAAUGUAACUGGUGUGACUGUGAAAUAAAUACCUGGCUACUGGACAGUGCAGGUGAAGUUUCUUUGAUUCCCUUACAAAAAAACAACGGAAAUGAGGUAUAAAUGAUCAAUAAUGCUGACAUACUUAAGAAUAAAUCAUCAAUGAGUACAAAAAAUCUGUUAAAAAUGCAAUACAAAAUCAGGAUGAACAGAGGGUGGUAAAGCUUGUCAUGAUGAAGUAUUUACUUUAAAUGGUGCAAUCCUAACCUGCGCACCUCGCACCCAAAAGGUAAGGGACGUUAAACAAAUUCCUCAGCAAAUGAAUGUGGUAUGGUAUCUUCAAUUAGGUGUUGAAACUUUCUCGCCUGUACGGGCCGAUGGCAGCAGAGACACUUUUGUGCUGAUAAUCCUCCUGAUCAGAGCAGCCAUUUGAAAGAACGGUGCAGCAACUAGCAAGAAAACACUGAAAGAGGUUUUGCAGUGCUCAACAUUUUGAAAUAUGUAAAAUCAAGUCUGUGAUUAAUUCUGUCUGAUAAAACAUGGCUUGAACUUUCAUUUGAUACCUCAUUCACUUCUCUCCCCCAAGUAUUAAAGAAGUUAGAGCAAAUUUCAUACUGGGAAUUAGUGCCUUUGGUUCCCAUUGCUAACAUUGAGUCAAGACAAAAGCUGUGAGCGACCCACGGACACUUGGCAGGGACAGACGUACUACAAAAUAUACAAUAACUUAGGCUGUGACAUUUGUUUUAAAAGUGCUUAAAACAAAGAAACAUCCAUAUUAAGCCUGCCGUGCUUAAAUCCAAAGCUUUAUUUCCUAGUAUCGAUUCAAUUGAUUGAUUACCUUUUAAACGAUGUUAGAUCGAUAUGGAUGGAUGAAUCGUUACACCCCUACUAAAUAGAUUUGUCUUUUUUUUUCUUUUUUUUUUAUUUACUUCUUUUUUAUAUAUCGUAUUGUGUCGAGUAGACGUUCAUAAUUAAUUGGUCCAUAUUUGUAUGUGCGUAAAACUGCAAAUGAUUUUUAAUCACUGCUGUACUGUCUGUCAGGUUCACUUUAAGUUUGUCUAAAAUAUGUUCUUAUUUUGUAUAAAUGCUAAUGUUAUUCUUGUUUAAUACAUUCAAAUCAUUGUCCCAAUACUGGAACAACUGUUACACUUGAACUUAAUGACUGCUGUAGAGUGAAACAUUAGGUGUACAUUUGAAAUGGAAUGCUUUGUUUGUCUUGUAAUGGCUUAGAUAUAGCAUGAGGACAUGAGGUGCCACUCGAGGAUGAAUGGCCCCUUUCAAAAUAAUAAUAAAUGGCACUGCGUCAGCAGAGGAAAUACUGUA